AUGUCCACCGCACUCAUCUUUGGCGGCUCCGGAAAGGUUGCGCGACACCUGACGACCAAGCUAGUUGCCUCAUCCUACACUGUUCACUCCAUUAUCCGCAAAGAGUCGCAGAUUCCCGAGCUGGAAGCACUCGGAGCGCAACCCAUCGUGCAAAGCAUAGAAGACUCUAAUGUAAACGACCUUACAGCAACCAUCAGAAAGCACAGUCCCAGUGUAGUCAUCUGGAGUGCAGGGGCUGGAGGCGGUAGUCCUGCGCGCACAAAGGCUGUAGACCAUGAAGGUGCAGUCAAGGUCUUUGACGCUGCUGCUGCUGCAGGAGUCAAACGAUUCAUCAUUGUCAGUGCAGUAGACAUUCGUGAUCGAGAAAACAAGCCCACCCCUGAGUGGUACAAUGAUGACGACACGGCCGUUAGCAACCGUAUGUGGAAUGCAAUUGGUGUCUACUGCGAGGCCAAGCUCGCUGCCGACCGCGACCUGGUCACGCAAAACGGCCGCCGCAAGCUCGAUUACACCAUAGUACGUCCUGGCUCUCUGAACACAGACGAGGGGUCAGGCAAGGUCGCUGCUGGCAAAGUGCACCUGGAUAAAAGCAUUUCUCGAGAGGAUGUUGCCGAGGUCAUUGUGCGUUGCAUCAACACUCCGUCGACCAUUGGUCUGGCCUUUGAUGUCGUGGGUGGAGACAGCCCUAUCGCUCAUGCUGUAGACGAAAUUGGCGGCCAAAGAGUCGACACUUUCGAAGGGCGCUACUAG